GAGUUGCUUUCCAGCUCCUGCAGGCUGGAGUCGGCUCACCUGCAGUAGGCACUCAGCACAACUCUGCGAGACCGGCUCACCUGCACCCAGCACUCAGCACAGCUUCCAGCAUGCAGAGCCUCCCCACUGCCACCUGGGCCACCUUGAUCCUCGGCCUGGCCUUUGCCUCCCUCCACUCGGCUUGCUCGGCAGAAGCAAGCAGCAGCAACAGCUCAACCUUGACCGCUCACCACCCAGACCCUGGGACCCUGGAGCUGUGCCUCAACGUGGACUUCUGCCCACAAGCAGCCCGGUGCUGCCGCGCAGGAGUGGACGAGUACGGCUGGAUCGCGGCGGCUGUUGGCUGGAGCCUCUGGUUCCUCACCCUCAUCCUGCUCUGUGUGGACAAACUGAUGAAGCUGACUCCAGAUGAGCUCAAGGACUUGCAAGCAUGAGACCCAGGCUCGGUGCACAAAACAGUGAUCGCCACCAAUUUGUGGCUAAUGGGGAAGGGGAGUAGGGCUAUCAUGGUUUCUAUUAUUUAAGUCAUUUUCACCUUUAAGCUUCAGUUACUUUUACAAGGGAAAGAAGAAAGAGCAGGAGAACCAAGUGAGGCAAGCCACUGCUGCCCUUGCAUGCUGCUACCAAGGGCCCCUGGGCCUUCUGAGCCCAGGUGACUCCUCUCUCAAGAUAGUCCUUCUGGAAUUUGUCCUGUUUUAACCUUUCUUCUAGGCACCAAGGGAGGUACACAAGAAACUAUAAGACUUAGUCUCAUCGUCAACAUGUUCAGAAACAAAUGCAUAACCUUCUCACCAAAACCAGGUCAUUGGCUUCUCUCCCUGCUUGAGUCCCGGGCUUAACUGUCAUUUCAGAAUGUGAGAAUCAGUCAGGUAUGGUAGCUCAUGCCUGUAAUCCCAGCAUUUUGGGAAGCAGAGGUGGGCAGAUCACUCAAGGUCAGGAGUUCCAGAUCAGCCCGGUCAACAUGGUGAAACCCUGUCUCUAUUAAAAAUACAAAAAUUAGCCAGGUGUGGUGGUGCACACCUGUAAUCCUAGCUACUUGGGAGGCUGAGGCAGGAGAAUCUCUUGAACCUGGGAGGCGGAGGUUGCAGUGAACCAAGAUCAUGC